CUAAAGAGCAACCUUUUUGCAGGUUUACAUGUGGAUGAUGCAGAAGUCUCCUUGAAUGUUUGCUUGGGAAAAGAAUUUUCUGGCGGAGAAGUGUUCUUCCAGGGUGUUCGAUGUGAAGAACAUGUACUAUCAAUAGCCCAGCCAGGGGAGAUCUUCAAUUAUUCCCAUGUUCCAGGACACGCAAUUCUUCAUCCUGGCCGUCAACGGCAUGGUGCAAGACCUACAACAUCUGGGAACAGGAUGAAUUUAAUCAUCUGGUGUAGAAGUUCGGCUUUCAGAGAGUUGAAGAAAUAUCAGAGAGAUUUUCCUAGCUGGUGUGGAGAAUGCAAACGCAAGAAGAAGGAGAGAGCCCGGUUAUCGCUUAUGGUCUCCCAACAGGAAUUACUGAAAAGAGAAAUAUAAUCGGUCUCGUGCACUUGCACAUGCAAAUCGUGCGUGUAUAGUUUGUAGAUUCUAGAUUUUUGUACGAAAUGAAACAUUAUUUUAGUUGAAAGUUAUAGGCAUUCGUUUCAUAAUGUAAAUGGAUGUUUU